AUGAAAGGGGGGCUGCAUCUGAUAGUAGCCGGGACUAAAGAUGGCGUGGCAAACAUUCAGGCAAAAGAUCAACGAAUGAUCAUCGAGAGCCUGAUAAGUAUAAUUCCACCGCAGAAGGACAGCGUAUCGUGCAGCUUCCUUCUGCGGUUACUGAGGGUGGCGAACAUGUUGAAGGUAGCACAUGCUUUGGUUACUGAUUUAGAAAAGCGCGUAGGAAUGCAAUUUGAACAAGCUUCCUUACUGGAUCUUCUCAUACCAUCUUACAAUAAAAGCGAGACACUGUACGAUGUGGAUCUAGUUCAGAGGCUUUUGGAGCAUUUUCUUGUUCAGGAACAGACAGAGAACUCGAGUCCAAAUGCAGAGUCUCUUUCAGAGAUACACAUGUAUGAAGAAACUCAAACGGGUCAUAAUGUUCUUAAUGCCAAGAUGAGAGUGGCAAGGCUUGUGGACAGUUAUCUGACAGAAGUUUCCAGAGAUAGAAACCUCUCCUUAACAAAAUUCCAGGUCCUGGCAGAGUCCUUGCCCGAAUCAGCAAGAACGUGCAAUGAUGGACUGUACCGAGCUAUUGAUUCCUAUCUUAAGGCCCAUCCAACACUCUCAGAGCACGAAAGGAAGCGACUCUGUCGUGUUAUGGAUUGCCAAAAGCUCUCAAUCGAUGCUUGUAUGCACGCUGCCCAAAAUGAACGCCUUCCAUUGCGUGUGGUGGUGCAAGUACUCUUCUCUGAACAGGUCAAGAUAAGCAAUGCAAUAGCCAACAGUUCUCUAAAAGAAGCCGCUGACGCUCACUACCCACCCAUGGCAUCAAACAAGAAAACCUUACUUGAAGGAACUCCACAGUCAUUUCAAGAAGGAUGGGCAGCAGCGAAAAAGGACAUAAAUACACUCAAACUUGAGCUUGAGAGUGCUAAAACCAAGUACUUGGAGCUCCAAAAUGAUAUGGAGAGUUUAAAGAGACAGUUUAAUAAGAUGGAGAAGCCGAAACAGACAUCAGCUUGGACCAGUGGGUGGAAAAAACUGGGCAAGCUCACCAAGAUGACAGGUUUUGAGACUAAUGAUUUCGGAGCGCAGAACCCAAAUGCAGAGCAGACUAGAAAGACAGCCAGAAGGUGGAGAAAUUCCAUUUCCUGAGAAAGUUGGAAGAGAGAGAGGUUUCCCAAAAGGGUUACCUAGAAUUCAACUCUUUAUUGGCUGCAAUAUUGUUGUUUUUUUCUUUUUUUCUUUUUGUUUUGUUUCCAUUUUUUGUCUCUUUAAAACACCACCAACCAUCACCACAUCCUUCGACCUUCCACCAUCAAGCUCGACUAAUCUACCUCUAUGCUGCCAUCCCCAACAUACCCUCCACCAUUUCCCUCCCUACGUUCGAUCUUUUCUCAAUAAAAUUCAUGAUUAAAGUGCUCUAACAA